AUGACUACAGAUAUCAUAAACUGGACAAUCUUCAAUGAAUUGCAAACAAUGGAUGAAGAUGAACCAGGGUUUUCAAAAUCUUUAAUUCAAACAUUCAUUGAACAAGCUCAAGAAAUUUUCAAAGAUAUUGAUUCAAAAUUAGAUUCAAAAGAACCAGAUUUAAAUAGUUUAUCAUCAUUAGGUCAUUAUUUAAAAGGUAGUGCAGCUUCAUUGGGUCUAGUCAAGAUUCAAGAACAAUGUGAACGUAUUCAAAACUAUGGGUUAAAGAAGAAUUUUGAUGGUGGUUUAAAUGAUAGAAAUUGGGAAGAUGCUAUAAAAGAAGCUUUAGAAAAAGCUAGAGAAGAAUUUGUUAAUGCAAGAAGUUUUUUUUCAGAUUAUUAUAAAGAAGAGUUGUGA